AUGUUUUACUCAGGGUACAACCAAGCUCCUCCUCCUUUGAUGGGCCACCAUCAGACGGAGUCCGUGGGCUACCACCAUCAUCAGAGGCAAUACUCGUCUCAUUUGGGCUCGAGUUAUCUUCCGAAUAACAACUACGACAUGUACAACAAUGGUCAGCUGUUUGGUGUUCAAAACCAACCUCCUGCUCCUGUUCAUCAAGUCGCUCAGAACAAUAACAAGAGUGUCUCUAAUGCCAUGAGUUACGACAUCGAAACCAUGGUUGAUUUCGUAUGUGUAAUGACGCAUUUCAAGACACCUUCCAGUUUGUCUUCUGUGCUUUAUGCUACCAACCUUCCAGAGACUACUAUUUUUGGUGCACUGAUAUAUUACAAUCAACUCGUGGAUCCUUCGGAAACCGACAAUGAUUACACUAUAUUCACCAAUCUGGUACUCGCUUUCAUGGUUUCUAACAAAUACAUGGAUGACCAAACUUUUACCAACAGAUCCUGGUCCAACGCUUCUGGAUUGCCCAUUGAACUCUUGAACUCUAUGGAAAGAGACUGGCUAAACAGACUUAGUUGGAAUCUUUCCAUCAAUGAACGUUACCACCAAAUGGAGAACAUUUAUUUCAACUAUUUGAGUCAACGUAUCUGUUCAUCUUCUGUCAACUCCAGCUAUAUGGCUGCCCAAGUUUCUUACAACUCAGGAAGAGUCCAGUCACCACUGGCCAACUCUUACGAAUUCCAGCAGCCACAUCCUGUGGAUUACUACAAUUUGUAUUAUCCUCAAGUCCCCAUGAAUCCUCAUUCAUAUCAGAAUGGACCCAUGUACCCCGGGCCACCACUCGCAACAAGUCAAGUUCACAUGGAUCCUGGCGCCCGGAAUUACUACGGUAGUUACUACACUCCUCAUUCUGGUAUGAUGAGCCCUUACUCUUACAACAAACCAGCCAACUCUGGUUUGGUUGCGUUUUAG